CGGUAGAUCAUCCACAUGGUUGCUGAAGUCACAACAAAGGUGGUGGAGAAAUUGUGGGAAGGAAGAGUAAGUAGAUAUCCCACGGGUGCAGACCGUGGUAGAGGGUGGAGCCCAGAUGCAGGCUGAGCUCCAACUGCCUUCCAGUUCUAGGCUCUACCGUAGGCUGGUUCACAGACUCAUUCUUUUCCCUCUGUCCUUAUGUCGGGUAAAGGGCCCAGGAGCCGGUCUGCUUGGGAUUUCCAAAGGAGGUGAUCUCUGCCUCUCCAUGGCCUUAUUCCUGAAGGGCAUCACUGCCGCCGUCAUAAUCAAUGGCUCAGCAGUCAAUGUUGUAGGAGACUUACACUACAGGGGCGAGACCCUGCCCGCUAUGGGUGUACACUUAUAUCGAAUCAAGGUGACCAAAGACAGCCUUGCAGACAUUUUGGAUAUCCUGAACAACCCUUUGGAAGAAUCUGACCAGAAGUGCCUCAUUCCUGUGGAAAGGGCUGAGAGUGCCUUCCUGUUCCUUCUAGGUCAGGAUGACCGCAACUGGAGGAGUGAAUUUUAUGCUAAUGAGGCCUCUAAACACCUGCAGGCCCAUGGUAGGGAGAAGCCCCAGAUCAUCUGUUACCCUGCAGUGGGACAUUUCAUUGAGCCUCCUUACUUUCCCUUGUGCCUGGCUUCCCUGCACACCUUGGUGGGCAGACCUGUCAUCUGGGGAGGGGAGCUGAGGGCUCAUGCCAUGGCCCAGGUGGAUGCUUGGAAGCAGCUUUAGAUUUUCUCCCACAAACACCUGGGUGGGGAAAAGGGGCUAAUCCCACCAAAACUGUAA